AUGAGCUCUGACAAAUUCAUUGACAAACAAGUAGUGUUUCUCUAUGCGUCACAAACCGGCAACGCCGAAAGCAUCAGCCACAACAUCUACCUCGAGGCCAUCCGUCGCGGGUUCCGCGCCUCCCACCACGUCCUCGACGACUACAGGAAAUUCAACUUUGACUCCCUCCGCACCAUCGUCUUUGUGGUCUCCACCACAGGCGAUGGCGACCCGCCGGAUAACUCGGCGAGGUUCUGGCGGGUCCUGCGUAAAUCAUCCAAGCAGUCUGAGGCUUAUGCCCAUUUGAGGUAUGCGGUGUUGGGCUUGGGGGAUACUAAUUAUUCGAACUUUUGCAAUACUGCGCAGAGGCUGGAUAAGCAGCUGGAGGAGGCCGGGGCGAGGAGGUUUUAUCGGAAGGGGCUGGCGGAUGACGCCACGGGGAUGGAGGAUGUUGUGGAGCCAUGGAUCGAUGGGUUGUGGGAGAAGCUGGAGGAGAUCGCGGAGUGCAGCGGGAAGAAAGACGAAGGGGGCGAGAAGGGCGAGAAGGGCGAGAAGGGUGAAGAGGGUGAAGAGGGUGAAGAGGGUGAAGAGGCCAAGGAGGCCAAGGAGGGUGAAGAGGCCAAGGAGGCCAAGGAGGGUGAAGAGGCCAAGGAGGCUGAAGAGGCCAAGGAGGCCAUGGAGGCUGAGGAGCCCAAGGAGGCUGAGGAGAUGAACAAGGCCGCCUCUGUCGACCAGGCUGCCGCCGGGUUGGGCGCGCUAAGCCUGUCGGACGCCGACGGGUCCGCUGGCAUCCCCCCAGUGGUCCUCGACUUCCGCGCAAUGUCCGGCCUCAGCGCGCUCACCGGCGUACCCCGCGCCCCCGCGGCCCUCUGCACCACGGCCAUUGGCCCCCCACCACCAGCACCCGGCGCCCGCGACUCCGCAGCCUCGCUUCCGCCGUGGCACCUGGACAUCUGCAGCAGCUCCACCUCCGACCCAGAGCAGCAGCCGUUUGUCGCCGCACUUCGGUCACGCGAGCCGCUAACAUCGGACGACGCAGUGAAGCGCACGCUCCUGGCCGAGCUGCAGCUGCCGGCCCCGGACCGCACGUGCAGCCGCGCCGGCGACGCAUUCAACGUGUAUGCGCCCAACGAUCCGCGCAAGGUAGCAGCGCUCCUGCAGCAGCUGCGGCUGGACGGCGAGGCCGGUGGCCGGCUGGCCGUGGGAUCGCUGGACGAGCGCAUUGCAGUGCCGGUGCACCUGCGCAGAUUCACCACCGCCGUUGGCGGCAGCGCCCACACCGCGGACAGCGCCCACACCGCGGACAGCGCCCACACCGCGGACAGCGCCCACACCGCGGACAGCGCCCACACCGCGGACAGCGCCCACACCGCGGACAGCGCCCACACCACCCACACCGCCCACACCGCCCACACCGCCCACACCGCCCACACUGUCGACAGCGUCCUAAGGUGGGCGGUGGACCUGCACCAAGCGCCGAAGCGCCAGGCCCUGCGCGCGCUAGCAGACUGCUGCGCAGAGGCGGAGGACCGCGAGCGGCUGCUGUUCCUGAGCAGCCGGCAGGGCACGGGCCAGUACGAGCGCCUGCGCGCACAAAGCGCCGGGGUCCCCGAGACCCUUGCGCUCUUCCCCUC